AUGCGGUUGGCUUUGAGAGUGGGGGGGCCCUGCUGCCGACCGGCAGCUAGUGAAGGUCACACGAAGAGAAGAGUGGCAGCAACAGCAGCAGCAGCCGCCAUCGCGGCAAAUGAUGCAGUCCCUGCGUCAUCUCUGUCAGCAGGCGCUGCUCCUGCUGUUGCUGCAGGCGGUUAUGCAUACGUCUCCUUGGUGCGUGAUAUCGAAACCGAAGCGCUCUUUGCUCUAAAGCGCCUCCCGUUUGCAGAUGCAGAAGGCUAUGAGUUGGCUAAAAAGGAACUUGACAUCCUUACUUCCUUACCUCCGCACGAUAACGUAGUGCGAUGCCACGGGAGCAGUGUGACAUCCCGGCAAGGGGCCCCGUGGAUGCGGGGGGCCCCCGGUGAGGUCCUGAUCCUUUUAGACUACUGCAGGGGGGGCACGCUGCUUGAUUUGAUGCAGCGGUGUGCAAAUCCUCAUGAAGGCUUGCAGGAGCAAGUCGUUCGGCGUAUAUUGCUACAUGUCGCCAGGGGCCUUGCACACUUGCACGCUCAAAAUCCCCCCAUUGUUCACUGCGACCUUAAAGUGGAGAACGUCUUGUUCGACCCGCCUAAGGAUGCAGGGGCCCUCGAAGGGCCUCCGCCUUCUUCCCUGGGGGCCCUGUGGUCUCGCGCACGGGGUCAAGCUGCCACCCACACACCAGCAAAAAAGGCCACACAACCCGAGGGCCUAGAAGGUGUUUUCCGAGUCUGCGAUUUUGGCAGCUGCAUGCGAGGAAUCAUGAACUCUGCGACCGGAGGAAGGGAGGAGAAGCUGCGGCUCGCCGAGCAAAUCGAGAGGCAUUCCACUCUCGCGUAUCGGGCCCCUGAGAUGGUCGACCUGUAUCUCGAGUACCCAGUAGGGCCCCCCGCGGAUAUUUGGCCCUUUGAGGGGGCCUCUGUCCUCGCCAUCAGCAACGGGGUUUACGUCAUUCCACCCCAUCACCGAUAUUCAGAGGAGCUCAUGUCCCUGCUGCGUUGUCUUCUGUCCCUUCGCCCCUCACAAAGACCCACAGCCCAUCAGCUGGUUACCGCUUUGGAGUCGCCGAACGGUCUUGCCGAGCUGCUGCAGCAACAGCAACAGCAACAGCAACAGCAACAGCAGCAACAGCAACAGCAACAGCAACAGCAACAGCAGCAACAACAACAGCAACAAAAACAGCAAAGCCAACCUGGGCAAUUGGAUGCUCAAGAGUUCGACAUUUUCGAUCCUUCUGCCGUUGCACCUGCCUGUCAGCAGCACCAGCAGCAGCUGGAUGCAAAGGACCCCUGGGGACACCCAAACGGACUGCAGCGAGACCCCUGGCAGCAGAGUCAGCAGUGGCAACAGCAAGCCGACGCAGAGAACAAUUUAUGGGGCUUUUCGGUGCCUGGCUGGGAGGAUGCGCUGGAGUCCAGCAAGCCCGGCAGGAAUCCGUGCGCUGAAGAUACCUCCCACACCUUCUCCAGCAGCAGCGGCAGCAAUCGCAACAGUAGCAGUGGAUGCGUCGGUGACGGGCGAACAGGCGAAGAUGUACCGCACCAAGGGCGCUGCGGCACUGUUGGCCAUGUUUCUUUUACUGACAGCUUCUCGCCUCCCAACCCCCCAAGCCAACCCGCUGCCCCCAUGGCACUAGCUGCUGCUGCUCCUUCUGCGGAUGCCCCCAUAAAGACUCCAGCGAGGAAAAGUGGUCUCGGAAACGCUGUCACAGCAAGGGCAGCAGCUAUUGCAGAAGCAGGAUUCCACGCCCCCUUUGGACUGUCAUGGCCUUCAGGUCUCGCCUGA